AUGGCUUUUCGGCAAAAUCACCUCAAAAUUCACUCAUUUUUGUUAACCAACGUUACCCUAUCGCAGGGUUCCAUUACCCCCAUGAAAAUGGGCCUCACCUUUUAUGACCUUAUUCCCUCCAAGUAUUUUGCUCUCUUUGGUACACAGAUGAUCAGCACAGAAUAUGUGAUCUCUAUAUACAAGAAUCAAAUCGCUCAUAAGAUGACCCACACCACGGUACACAAAUGCUUACUUCAAUAUGAUUUUUCACCAAUAGUGACAGUCUCGACCGACGUAGAAAUGCGGAGUGAAGUCCAAGAUACAGUAAUGCAACUUUCAUGUAAUUUAGCAAACUGUGAUGGUGUGCGGGUCGGGCAAACAUUCGGUUCAAUCUGGGCCUAA